AUGGAUGAUGAGACCAUUCAGCCAGUGAUAGAGGUAUCAUCAAGACCUGAAAAGUUACCUCAAGACACGAUUCCUACUGCUGAUUCCUCUGAAUUUACAGCUGGUCUGGAUUCUUUGAGCAGCACAACAACCCCGAGGGAGGAGGUGACACCAACAGUUAGCAGUAAGGAAGUAAACAACCUCAGAACCACCGAAACACAGUCUUUCUCUACGACAGGAAAUGAUCCCCUUUUAGAUGUUCACCAAGACACAUUAGGCACAAUUACAGACCUGAGGGGCACAGAAAGUAGUAUCAUAACCAAAACUCCUUUUGUCCAAACUCAUCAAACUGUUCAGUACCCGAGGCAAGACCAUCAACUCUCUGUUACAGCAGAGGAGCUCUCCAGAGCAGAUGACUCACCUGCCUUUGAAAACAUGGAGACGGCUGUUUCGAGCCCCAACAUUAAACCUGAGAACCCAACAGCUCCAGGUGUCUCAUCAGGAGGGACCGGCAGGGAUGAAGAAACUACAAGUACAGAAAGAUCUUUCUUUAAUGGAUCACAUAACUCAUAUUUUUCCACUAUGCCUAGUCUCAUCUCAGGUCCCACAUCAACAGAAGAAAACACAUCACUCAACCAAUCUUCAACCAAGGACACUGCUGUACCUGUGAAAGAUUUAGCCCAAAACUUCAGUGGAAACACUAACCAAACAGAGGUCCAGACGGGUUUUGUUUUGGCUGGUAAGAUAAAAGAAAAAGAAGAAACUGAAGAAAAGUCAGGGUUUGUUACACCAGGGAAAGAAACACCAACACAAAAAGGAUCAGUUGGUGUAGAGAAUGAUAAUGGGAAGAGAAGGGGUAAGAAUAUGACAGAGGAUAAAAGUGCAGAGAAUAAAACAAACAUCUCUGUGGAGGACAAUCUCACCUCACCUGAUUGGAUCAUCCAGUCUGGUGCUCAAGACUCCUUCAUACAAUCAGAACUUGGACCUACUCAGAAGAAAGGUACACCAACAAAUCAACCAACUACAACCACGAGGAAACAUCACAGCGCUGGAUUCAGACCUGGGAUCAGAGGUCAAAGGGUGAGCUAUAGUUUAUAUUUAACAGUGGCUGCUUAAGCUGACUAUGGCCUUUUAGGGAUAAGAUGUUGUUGUUUGUGGUGUUGGUAUACAUAAUAAAACAUAUAAUUUAUGUAAAGUGACAUUAAGUGCAAAGUGUUGCUGGUGUUGAAAAGCAUAAACAAAUGACAAAGGGAAUUAUAAUCAUAUUUGAAUGCUAUUUUUACCUCACUUUCUGCCAUUACAUUGGAUAUAAUUGAGUUAUUGUGGAAAUGAUCUGAUGACCGAGAUGGAAACAUAUAUCUGUGUCAAUAUUAGCACCUGGACAGCUGUGCAACUUUGUUUACAUUUGUGUGUGAGAGAGAGGCAGUGGAUAAAUGGAAGUGUUUCCUCAGGGCAAGCAUCCUUCCUUUGGCUAUACUUGGGUACUGUAGGCCUAAACUUUGCAUUCCAGUAGUUGUCACAAAUAUUCAACUCCAGAUUAACCAGAAUUUCAACCUGAAACAAUCAAAAUAUCCCCACUUUACUGUAGUUUCAUCUACUGUCAGGGCAAUCAUAUUGUAUCACUAUAUAUUCAUUUUAAUUGUUUUUCCAGAGCAUGAGUUUGAGCAGAGCUGCAGACUUAAGCUGAUUGUUUCACCUGACCUUCUAUGCAGGGGUUGCAGGGUCCACCUGGGCAAACAGGACCACCGGGGCCUAAAGGAGACAAAGCAAGUAUUAAAUAAAACUUGAUAAGAUAAAUUUUUUAAGUACUUAAAUAAGUGUCAAACCUAAAUUCCAACUUUUCAGCGUGAAUUAGCUUGAAAUGCUUUGAGUGUGGAUUAGGUCGUUGCUUUGGCUAAUGUCUUGAUUUAAUUCAUGUUCUGAGUUCACCUCAUGUGUUACUGAAGUCUGUCAGAAGCUAGCAAGCAGGAGGAAAAAUCUGCCAAAAUAGGCACUCAGCUCAAACAGCGUAUCCCUCGGGUGAGCUACGCAAUGUUCGUGUCAAUCAUAGAAAACAUGAACCCCCAAAUAACUUUUAAAAAUGGAGCUGAACAGAAAAAAAGAGGACUUGAGCGCAAAUCAGUCUUACAGUAACUAAAGUCAACAUUGCAAACAGGUGGGAGAAAAAUGUAUAUUCUGUGUAAUAAAUUUUUAGAGUUUGUCCACAGCUCCAUAAGGAUUUCUAGAGGAGGCAGGAUUUAUGACCUAUACUGCAGCCUGUCACCAGAGGGAGCUGUUCUUGCGGUAGCUUCACCCGGCAAGGAGACAGACGGCGUCCAUUCUAUAUACAGUCAAUGGUAGUUAGCCAAUCUUAAAGUGAUGCUAAUAGGUAACAGGUAUAUAUAUAUAUAUAUAUAUAUAUAUAUAUAUAUAUAUAUAUAUAUAUAUAUAUAUAUAUAUAUAUAUAUAUAUAUAUAUAUAUAUAUAAUAUAGGUAAUAGGUCACAUUCAGUGAAUGUGAGCUCUAAUUUAACUGAGUGAAUGGACUUGGCCACAAAAAUGCUUACCUUGUUUCACAUGUGAUUUUUGGUACACGGUUUUUACUUCACAACACAGUCACUUUCAAAUAAACUUCUAAUAUGUAAUCCUUUGUUGCCGUGUCACAAGACAAACCAUUUCUUUUUGGACCUCUACAGUUUCAGCCUCCAUGCAAAACUAAGAUUAUUUUAUAACUGACACAGGUUAAAUUAAACUGUUCUCCAAGAUAAACUAUCUAAGGCGAAGCUUACACAACCCAAUCCUUUUUAAGAGCUCAUUUGCAUCAGCUUUUAUGGAAUUCUUCUGCUCUCUAGUGGUCAAAAGGGCGUAAUGCAGCCUUGACAGAGUAAGACAGAUUCUUAUCUCUCUUGAUGUUUGUGACUGAAGAUGAUGUACCAUAAAGCUCAAUAUUUCCAAAUUGAAAUGAGACAAAUAAUCAUCUGUCUUCUCAGGGUUAUCAAGGGGUUAUGGGAAGGACUGGGCAGACGGGUUAUCAGGGCCCUGUUGGUCCUCCUGGGAUGCCUGCCAUUGUUGUCUUCAAAAACUCUGAAGAAGAGUGGGAGGCUUUCAAGGUAAUUGCUGAAGGACCUGCAUCAGUAAGCAUUGUUGACAUUGUAGUUCUAACUUUUUCCAGAUUAUGGUGAAAGUCUGAAUACUCCACUGCCAGAGUGAUUCUAUAUUUUCUCAACAAAAAAGUAAAGAUUCAACAACAUGAUUGCAAAUUUGAUCAGAUAUUUAACUCAAAGUCCUCUUUCAUCAGGUGGUAAUUAUAUAUCCAACAAUUUCCUUAUUGCAGUGGAUGUUCAGAUUUACAAAUUAAUAGAAAAACUUCUGUCAUAUCCUCCCAGAAAAAGAAGAUAUAUAAAAAGCUGGUUUCCUCUUGGCCGGUAGGUGUUUGUUAUAAACCUGGAACCGUUAAUUUCAUCCAACUUGUACAAGAGAGCUGAAACCCAGUGUGUUGGACGCAUGCACAGCUGCUGGAUUUCAACACACCAACAAGUUGUUGACUCUGAUGAAAAAGAAAUAAAUUUGACAUGCAUGUAUUGAGGAAACGAUGUGAAUGACUCACAAGACAUUGGUUUGAUUUUUUAUCUUUAGAAACUUAAGGGACAACCUGGACCGCAUGGACCUCAGGGAGAUGACGGACCGAUUGUAAGGAGCCAAAAUAUUGUGACUUACUGAAAAAGCUUUAAAGCUCAGACAUUUUAUCUUAUCUCAUCAAAACCACGUACAACACAGAAAUGACAAAAACCCCUGUGACUAACUUUGUAUUCCAGGGGCCACCUGGAAUCACCGGGAAGCAAGGAAGAAAAGGAGUUCCAGGAAAAAUCGUAGGUAUCUCCAAUUCAUUUCAAUAUUUUCUUUAGUGACAUAUGUUUCAUUUGUCUUUAAGGUGACCUUUUCAUGGGUUCAACAUUCAGAGAGGAGACCCUAAUCUUUACUGUUUUUGUUUCUGCUGUCUCUGUAGAUGAGAAUUUAAGUCAGAACUGUGACCUUUGCUGAUCAAACUUGCCAGAAGUUGCUUGUGAAGUUGAAGCUGAAGUGUGUUAAACAACGGGAAAUAAUAGAUAAUAAGAGCAGUAGCCUGGUUUAAAACACUGCUCAUGAAGCUACAUCAGGCGGUGGUACUCAUAAGAGUUGAUUCAUUGUGAUGGUUUCCUGGGGUGAUUCAGUGGGUCUCAGUUUUCCGCUGCUAUUGCCAUGGUGUAAUCAAAUGGCUGAAGUAGACUGGUGCUGUAUUUUGUUAAAAAUUGUGCGGAUUUUGGGUGGAAACAAGGGUACUGAAAAGCUUUUUGGAUUUGCCAUGCAGGUAUGUAUGCAUCAUGGAGUCACAAUAUAAGACAAUAUAAUCUUACUGAGAAAAAUUCUUUUUCAUCUUCAUUACAUCUUUUCACAACAAGGACACAAAGCGAAAAGCAAUAAACCAAAAUGUGGCAAAAUAAACUAAUGAGUGUGCCAUAUUUAAGGGCAGUCCUGGACCACAGGGUAUGCCAGGUCCCCAGGGUAGACCUGGAAGAGAUGGGACCUCAGGGCAAAACUUUGAUCCAGGUUCUCCAGGCUUUCCAGGUGAACAGGUAAAUCCAUUAUCAUGGCUGUACUUUCAUAUAGAUGCUAUUUUUCUUGAUUUAAGCUUGAAGGUAAAUUUUGCCUCUGAAUAUUCAACUGCAGUCCCAUUUCAGAUUGAUAAAUGAACUUUUUGAUUGUCCCUGCAGGGUCCAAAAGGUUACAGAGGAGAGAGGGGCAGCAAAGGGGAGCUGGGUGAGUGGGUAAGAGUUGCCUAGAUUUCUAAUGUUGAAGAGAUUAUUAUUAUUAUUAUUAUUACUAUUACAAGCUACUGGUUUGUUCUGUGUUAAGGUAUAAACAUGAGGAGCAAGAUGGCAGCUUUUGUGAAAAGCAAUAUCUCCUUCUGUAGAUAUAAAAUGCUCAUUCUAAGUUAAGGCAAACAAAACAAUUUUUAUGAACCCCUUUAGGGCUGUCACUGCGUGCUUUUAAGAUCUCUACAUGAGUUUAUAGGAGUUUGUUUAAACUUGAGCCUUGUAAGGUGUCCUAUACUUUUUAGUCAUCUUAUUAGAUUUAUGAGUACUUUUCAUCACCAAAUUGUUAAACAACUGCUAAAAUCUUUGUCAAAAAUGUCUCUCAGUUUGUUAAAGCCACAUAACUGACUACUAAGAAAAAUGUAAGUUGUAACUACAGCAUGAGACCGGAGCAUUUUAUUUAAUUAUUUGUCUUUUACUCUUUCACUUUGUUUUUAGGGUUAUCAAGGGGAGUCUGGACCACAGGGAAACAGAGGACACAAAGGAGACAAGGUCUGAUUCUGCUUAUCUCACAUAAACAUAUAAUCACACAGACCCUCAAAUACCCAGGUGGAUGGUUUCUGUGAUUCUAAUUCCUUUUUUUGCCGUAAACAGGGGAACAAAGGUGUCACUGGAGUCAUCGGUGUUCCAGGUUACAUUGUAAGCUUGAAUGACUUUCCAGUUUAAUGGCACAAUGUUUUGAUGACCUGUCAUCAUAAGAUUAUUUUUAAGAUGCUGUUUCAAAUACAAAAGUCUAUUUUUUUUAUUCAGUUCAGUAUCCUUUCUUUACUUUUCAGGAUGAUUAACAAUUUCAACUAAUUACCAAAUGUAUGACAAAAAUUCAACAUUUGAACUGCUCUGUGUUUACAGGGACAGUCCGGAGCACGAGGUCCUCCGGGGUUUCCAGGAUCCACAGGGCCUUUGGUAAGAUUAAGAUGGCUAAUCCUUAAUUAUUAACAUUCAUACAUAUUUACAGAUAUAACUCUGUAUUUUGACAAACAUAAAUCUGAUUUUUUUUUGUUUUAAACAUUGAUCUGAUUUUUUUGUUUUAUCAUACCUGUAUUUUUUUUUUUUUUCUGGCAGGGAGACAAAGGAGCUCUGGGCUUUGGUGGACCACCAGGCCCUCCUGUAAGUUUGUUAACAAGAUAAUUAAGUACAGUCUACAUAAAAAUACUGGAAAUUAUGACACUUGAAUCAUGAGCUGUUCUUGUUGCAAGAUAAACAUUAAUCUGUUUCCUCUUCAGGGAAAAAUGGGCCCCAUAGGGUUAAAAGGUGUCACAGGAGUCACAGGACCUCCGGUAAGCUGUCAGGUCAGAUCAUUGAGUUUUUUGUCCCAAACUGACUAAUCAGAAGAUAUUUCUAUAAUAAUUUACCAUAAAUCAGGGUCAUCAAGGUGGAAUGGGUGCCAGGGGUGCUGCUGGAUUGCGGGUGAGAAGACCCUUUUUGACUCGUUGUCAUUAAGAGCAAAUUAAAAAAAGUUAUUAAAGUUACUUUUAAAUGUCUAACAUACAAUCCUGUAUGUGUCAGGGAGAGCCUGGACCUGAUGGAUUGGUUGGGUUCCCAGGAGUCCGUGGCCCUCAGGUGAAACAAAACCUACUUUCUAAAAUAAGAAGAGAUAUUACUGACUGCUUUUUAUUGCAUGACUGUGUCAAAUCCUUGAUCUUGAUUUCUCACUGCAAAGUAUCAUUUCAUACUAUCAGUCUACUGUUUCUUGUUAGCCUGGUGUUUAAGACAAAAAGAUCUUGUGACUUUAAUGACGUAAUUUACAAAAUUAAAGCUGGUGCAUGAGCAUUGAACAGAACUGAAGUGUGAAAAAGAUAAUGUUUCAUAAUCAGUGGGUUAUGCUACUGAAUCACAUGCUUCUUACUUCACCACCAGUGAAAAUUUUCAAUUGAAUAUGAGUAACAACAGCUAACAUUUCUCAUGUAGUGGUAAUAAUUUAAUUUAGUCAUGAAACAUAAUAUGAUACUUUUCACUGGACAGACAUUUCCAACAAAAGCUGCAGAAUUAACGAUUACUAUACAUGCUGUUAAAACUGCAAGUGUAGGAGUAGAUUAUUUUUGAAUCAUUUAAAUUCAUGUAAAAAAUUCUAACAUAAGUAGUCAUGUGAUGAGUAGGAUACCGUAAAGUUAACAAGUUGUUAUGAGAUAAGAGUAGUGGCUGUCUCUGAAGUGUUUUUUACAUACUACACAACAACCACACUUUUUAGAUCUGUCAAAUAAAGAAAAGAACAUGAAUAUCAAGAAAAACUUCAUAAAUGUAAUUUUCUUAUAGGGAAACCCAGGACCAGAUGGACCUGCAGGUCCAAAAGGUGACCCUGUGAGUGCACAAAAGAACAAAAAAUAGAAAUAAAACUCAUGAUUGCAGCAGUGCAGAUGUGUUUUAGUGUAGCUCUGUUCUCUUACUUGUGUGUGUUUCACCAGGGUGCUCCCGGAGAUGAGGGGGAAAUAGGGGAACCUGGACCACCUGGACUUAAUGUAUGACUCAAGGACAUGCAUCAGGUGUGUUAUGAUGAAUGAUUAAUGUCGAAGAUUAAGAAAUGUUUAAUUUUCUCAUUAUAGGGAGCCAAUGGAAAUCCAGGAGCGCCUGGACCCUCAGGUGACCCAGUAAGAUUACUUAAAGCAGUUUCAGUGUUGGUUGCAGCUAAAUAUUUAGAAAAAUUGAUAAUACUGAAUUCAGACCUUACAUUCUAGACCUUACACUAAAUGUGACAGUGUUUUUCCUGUUUGUGUGUGUGUUUGUGUGUGUGUGCGCACGUUCCUCUACCAGGGAGCCAAAGCAAGACGGGGUGAGAAAGGUGAUUUAGGGUUCAAAGGAGACUUGGUGAGUUUAUUUUUGUCUUUCUGUCUGUUUAGUGAUUCAUCAUAUCAUUGAUCUGAUCGGUUGUCUGAUCAUGUUUUUUUACAGGGACCACCAGGCCCUCCAGGUAAACAAGGACUUAAGGGUCGCCAUGGCCCUUCAGGGCUUGAGGGACAUGAUGGACCAGUAGGGCCACCAGGACUUAUUGGACCAAGUGUGAGUGAAAUUUACACAGAAACAGUGACCAUUUUCACCAGCGUGCUUGUGAUUAUUGCCUUUUGUUGAGAACUUGUUCUGACUGUUGCAGGGGUCCGAUGGCAUCAUGGGAGAGCAAGGGAGGCAGGGAAAAGAUGGACUGAAGGUGAGUUUUAUAAAAGUUGAAAAAAAAAUCACUUUUGAUUUUUAAAAACUGCCAAAAUUUUGUUUAUUUGUGACUUAAUCAGUGUGCAUGUAUGAUUGUGUUUUUCUAGGGUAAUAGAGGGCCGUAUGGUGUACAGGGAGUUCCUGGGCCUCGAGGUGAUAAGGUUGGAAUACAACUUAAAUAAAUGAGUACUAACUUCACAUGCAUAGGUCAUUGAUUUUAUUUAAAGAAAGCAGAUUAUUGUCACAAAUGCUCUGACUUGGCUCCAAAAAUAAGAAACUGAAGAUCUGUUCGUAUUAGUAUAUGGAGCUGUAAAAGGAAAUACUGUUACAAGUAUACUCUGGUGUUCAAAAGUCUAAUGAUACACCUGAAUCACCAUACUUGUGUCAGUAUGUCUUUUAACAUAGGGUAGUGAAUGAGGUGACGCGUUGUUUAAGUUACAUUUGGAAAUACUUGUAAAAUAUUGGACCUAAAGUCAGAUCUCCUGCAGCAGCUUAUAGCCAUAAUCAACUGUGAUCAUUUUUCAAUUUCACAGGGCCGGGAAGGCCGAGCUGGAUUUUCCGGAUUGCCAGGUCCGAUUGUAAGUGAGCAUGAAUGGGGAUGGCAUUGGUUCUUAGUAGGUGUAGAUCUACACCACUGAUGAGGUGUUGCUCUCUUUUUGCAGGGAGAGAUGGGAAAAUCUGGAGAGAGAGGAAAUGAAGGAGAACCUGGUAUCAAGGUUCCUAUGUGACUUUUGCACUUUAUAUGAUCAUUCAUGCGACUAGGAUGUUUGGUCCAAAUGGAUAAUCACUGUUUCCUUUGCCUCAGUGUUUUCAUCAUGAGUGAUUUAUUGCCCUCACUUUUAGUUGUCUUUAAACAGCUUGAACUGAAGUGAAUCUUGGUGUUAAUGCAACAACGUGCUUUUAUACUGUAUGUUUCUGUAUUUUAAUGUAGGGAGUAUCUGGUGUUCCAGGAGUGGCUGGACCCAAAGGCCUGAAGGUGAUCCGAAAAUAAAAUUAUUGAAAUUUUAAGUCCCAAGAGGAUGAACCUUUGUUGAAAUAUUUGUUUUUUUGCUCAAUAAAUUAGAUAUCACCUUUUACUUCAGUAAGGAAAAAGAAUUUGAAAUGUAAUCAAACCUGUUCAAACGACUCUUUGUACCGCUGUAGGGACUUCAAGGUGUCGGGGGUAACAGGGGACAGGAUGGACCUCUUGGAGCGUUGGUAAGACCAGCUGAUAGUGUUGAUAUUUCUGUCUUCCUCAAAGAGCCCCUAAACUCUGUAAAUCAGUGAUUAUUCUGUCAUCCCAUCCCAUAACUUAACAAGCCUCGGUUUACAUCCCAUAAAUUUAUAUUCAAAGGCUUUUUUUUUCAUGAUCCAAAUUUUUCUGACACUCACUUUGUGACAUUAUUAAUGUAGUAACCAGCUUAAGGGCAGAUAAACAAAUAACUCUUUUUUUCAGGGAUCUAAUGGUGAAAAUGGAAUAAAUGGGAACACUGGAUCUCCAGGACAGAAAGUAAGUUUACCCCUCUAUGAUAAAUUCUGAACCGGUAAAUUUGUCACAAAAGUCAAACUAAAUGUUUCCACAGGGCUUACCCGGGAAGACCGGAGCUCUUGGCCUCCAAGGACCUGUGGGGAAGAGUGUGAGUGUUUAUCUCAAACAAGUGAAUGUUACUCAGUAAGUCGUUCUGUAUGAGUUGUUGGCGGUGAUGAAAUAUGUUGAUUCAUCUAUUUAAACCUUCAUGUCAACUGACAGGGAGAAACUGGCAAGAGAGGAGCAAGGGGUCCAACAGGAAAGCCAGGAGAGAGGGUGGGUUCAAAACUGCUUUCUGGUUUUGGCUAUUUUGGCUUUAAGUUGCUGUAUUGCCCCAACACAACAACAGUAGUGGACAAUAAUUACCAUACCAUGCCAAACUAUACCAUUGUCUAUAAAAGGCCAUUGGAGGAGGGGGAGUAGGGCACAAAUGCCGAUCGAAACAGUAGCCCCACAGGCUAACCACUUAAAUCACAAGCGAUAAAGGGAGAGGAGAAAAUAAUAAUCUGAAUGCACAGACUUCCUAUCCAAAGAGACAAAGUGAAUAAACAAAAACCACUGCUGCCGAGCUGACUUGAACUUCUUUAUCCAAAGCACUAAGACUGCCAAAGAUACUCAAAGAUAUAAAACAGAAGAAGGGGACACUAAGACGUCAGGGGUCGACAGCCCAAUAAAAAAAACAGAGGACAAAUCUUAAAAGUAAAAAGUGCUUUUGUAGACACAACUCAAAGAGACACAGAGAGAUAAAUCCUCUCACUAUCUCUACUGGUUAGACAAUGAGUCAGCACCAUGCGCUGAAGUUCAGGGGUUUAUAUCAGCUUCAGUCACGCCAAUCAGGCACUCAGACUCCUGACCAAAACUCUCCUUAUACUCAAGUGAAUGCCCUCACAACAAUACAAUAUUUGGUCCCUCUGAUACAAUGAUUGUGUAACGUAAAUCAGGAGAACAGUUUAUGUCUGUUUCAAUAUUUUCCCACCCCUGCAACAUGGCAUUACAGAAUAAAUUAUUAGAAUGAUUGAGAAAUAAGUGUUUCCAGAUUGAGAUGAAUUAUUUGUUGGUAUCUUUUCUUUUACCAGGGAGUUAAAGGUCAAAAAAGCCCAGUUGGUCUUCCAGGAAGUAUGGGCCCAAAGGUAUUUAUUUAACUAUACUUUAAAUCAGAAUAUAAACAGUAAAUGUCACUACUAUGAACUGUAUAGGUUAAGUUUACUGUAAUUUCUGUUUUUAAGGGUAAGAGAGGUGAGGAAGGACCGAGGGGAAAACAAGGCAGCCCAGUAAGUGAAUAUUUUGUGUUGUUAAAAUUUAAUUGUUUAUGCAUAUGUUACAAGUGGUGCUUAUUGUUAUUUUACAAGUCAUUCCUUUAGAUUAUAAGUUCAACACUUUGCCUGCUGUCUUUCCUAACUCAAGUUUUGCUCUCCUUCAGGGCGAGAGGGGCAUACCAGGACCAAAGGGAUAUCGAGGGCCUCCUGUAAGUAGUUCUCACAUGAAGUCUGUACAUGUCUACCCAUCAAUCAAGAAUCAAAUAUAAAAAGAAACUUCUGAACAUUGGUGCACUACUGGCCUUGUGGUUAAAGUGCCUUGUGUUUACAGGUGUCUCUCUCCUCAUUUUCUGCUCUCUGCACUGUCCUGUCCACUCCAAUAAACACACAAAAAACAUGAAAAAGAAAUUUAAAUGAAAAUCUUUUAGUAUCAAUAUAAAUCAUUUUCAUGCACCUCUAUGCAGAUGAUAGUCACCUCUUCUUCAGGCCCUAAAAGCAAAAUUAAAUCAAGUUUGAAGAUUUAUGGUCCCCUUUUUCCCUCUCUGUCUCUUGACUUCUUCAUUUUCUUGUGUUUAUUGAACCACUUAAAAAUUUUACAAGAAAAUUCUCAUUUGUACUGUGAAACACAAAAAAAUCAAUACCUUUUUACAAAAAAGAGAUAAAUACCACCUUCUGCCAUCCAGGGUGUUCAGGGCAACAUUGGCCCAUGGGGUGAGGUUGGUCCCCGUGGUCCUCCAGGUGACCAGGGGCCAGUAGGACCAGCUGGCCCCUUUGGAGUAAUCGGUUACCCAGUGAGUCUAUUUCAAUUGUUUUAUUUGUGAAUUAUAAACAUAGAAAUGGGGACCUGUCUUGUUUUUGACUAAUUAAAUAUUAUCAUGUCUCCUUCGCACUUUUCCUGAACAGCAGCCUAAUUUUUCAGUUCACAACUUUUAUGUCAUGUUGACCAGGAUGAUUAAAACUCAAACCCCAGAUCAAGAUGCAAAGUAGGCUAAACUAAAAAAAAAACCAAAUCAAGCCAAAAAGAGAGGAGUUGCAUAAUUGUACAAAAUGACUAUGACGCUGACCACUGCUUACAUAUUUCUACCUUGCUAUUGAGACAGCUACUGCUUUCCUUAAGUGGCUAACUUUAAAGACUGAGGGUGUUUAUGCCAAUAAACCACACGAGACAGACAGUGUAAUUGGGGCAAGGCAGGAAAAAUCAAAUCAAGUGUAUCAAAGUGCUAGCCAUGAAAAAGGUCAAAUUUCACAGACUUUGAGUGCUUUGAGUGUUAUCCAUUCACUGGCCUGCCUCCUGGGAAAACUGCUGACUGAAUCUUGAUCUCAUUAAUGAACAAAACAUGUCUUUCUUGUCAUUUUUGCAUGGCAUAAGACUUUUCUCUUCAUGUUAGUCAGCAGAUCAGGUCAGCCUAGGUGUCAGGAUGCUGGUGCGGGCUGUAGUGCAUGAAACCCCUCUGUGUUUUCAUCCUGAAUCUGAAGUAUUGUAUAUUAUUCAACACCAGGGGGUUUCAUAUUAGUUUUUAUUAUAAGUGAACUCAUCCUCGACACGAACUGUUACAGGGUAUGUAUGGCAUCAUAAAAUUUUAGGGGGUUUUAUGGCUGCUUUACCUUUUUUUCAAGAUGGCCAAUAAUCUACUGUUUUUAUCACUGAAUUCAGCACCUCUCCUCGAAGUAACAUUUAAUCCUUCUGUUUCAGAAAUACUUCAGAAAAUUCAGAAAAUAAUCAAUUUUUAUGAAAACUUCAGAGACUAAAAUAUGUUUUGAACAGAGCUGCCCCCUAGUCUUCAAUGAAUAAUCUGAAAUUCAUCAUGACAUAAUACUUGUGCUACAUAUAUCGUAAGAACUGUGACUAUGAUGUGAUUAUGUGAACGAUAGUUAUUUCAAACCAAAAAUCGACACAAAAUAAAUGAAAACAGUAUUUAUGCAUGUUAUCAUUUAGACAAUCACUGGCACAUUCAAUAAAAUAUGUUUUCAUCCACAUCAGUUUAUGAUUUAAGCAUCAAAGUUGACGAGUCUUUUUCCGGUGUCUUUCAGUGUUUUAUAUGCCCACAUGCUGUAAGACUUGGUUUGAAGGCAGCGGUAAGAAGUAAAUUCGUUUUUUUGAUGCUUAACUUUUAAGGGUAAAGAUGGACCUCUAGGAUCAACUGGAUCAGCUGGUGUCAAAGGAGAUAAGGUAAAACUUUUCUAUCAAAAAAACAGUUCCAACCAAUUUUUAGCUUGACUUAGCAGCCAAAGCUUCUCCCCUCUACUGAGGCUGAAGUCCUCCUCACAGGGAUAACAGGUUCAGUUCUCAGCCUUGAUCCUUUAGUGUGGGUCUAUUCCCAUGUUUCCUGUUUCUGUUCAGCUAUUAAGAUGAAACACCUAAAAAUAAAAAAAGAGAUAACUUAAUUGAGACAGCAUGGUGAUGGGAUUUUUUGUGCAUCCAUUUUAGAACCAAUCAGUUUUAUCAUCCAUAACAGGGCUGUUUCAGUUUAGUUUUUUUAUUCUCUGUUAUCUUCUCAGGGAUCCAGAGGAGUUUUGGGUCAGGAGGGGGUUGCUGGUCUCGAUGGUGAGGAGGUAGAUUGAUUAGAAUGUGUUUGUUACAGAUUGAGAUUUUUUUUUUCAUUGAACUUAAAUCAAAGGUGCUGUGAUGGUUUUUUCUAAGAAAUAAAAACGGCUGAUGGCCCUUUGUCCAUUUAGCUGACCCUUCAGAAAGACACAUUUAUGUCAUGAUUUAUCAUAUGCAUAAGCAAGCCCAUGCUUUUAUGUUCAGGGUCCAGCUGGACUGAGGGGAUCAAAUGGUCCAGCUGGGCUUAAAGGCAGCUCUGUGAGUAAAUGUGUGUUAAUAAACGUGUUGUUUUUGUUACAUUUAUUGAAAAUCACUGUUAGGGCUACUGUACAACAUAUUUAUCAAUCAUCAUCUUUAGAUUUUUUUUACCUGAAUCAUAAACUUGUUUACUGUCUCAGGGGGACAAGGGAGGCACUGGUCUCCCAGGACAAAGAGGGCCAAAGGGAGCUGAAGGCAAUAGAGGCAACCAAGGGCCACAGGGAACAAAGGGGCCUCCAGGGAAACAGGUGAGCCAGAGUUAUUGAGAUUAGUGACUUCAAGGAAUCCUUAAAACUUCCUAAGAGUUUCUGCUUGAUUGUUUUCCCCAUAAUAGACAAAGCAUUAAUUUGCGGCCUUUUAAGCCUUGAUGCCUAGAUUCAUACAGCAGACUUCUGUAACCUGUGUGCAGUUAAGUUUUGAAUUGUGAAUUUGAAAAGCCUUUUUUGUGCAGGGGUACAGGGGUGCACCGGGUGACAGAGGAAAAUCAGGUGUUCCAGGACUCAAGGUGAGUCAUUAUGUUCAGUCAGCCUUACCAGGCUAAUGAGGAUGUGGUCAAAAUCAGCAAAGUGAAUCCUGAAAGUUUGGCUGAGAGUCUGAAAUUUGUGAUAACACUUUCACAGGGUGGGCCAGGUACCAGAGGUCCGUCAGGCAUGGCUGGACGUUUUGGACCAGGAGGAAACACGGGAGUGACAGGGGUCAAAGGUCAGAAAGGGCUUGAGGGACACACUGUGAGUAAUGCAGUUGGAUACCUGAUUAGUAAAAGGAAGUCUGAUGAAGGCCUGGACCAAAUUUGAUGAAUAUAUGAUGUUGUGCUUCUUUCUUUACAUUUUUUAUGUCAUGAUAUUUUGUCUGGUUUUAGUCGAGUUUUUAAUGUUGAUCUGCUUUUGUUGUUGACUUCAGGCUAUCAAAGCUGCAGUUUAGUAUUAUUUUAUCUGGUUCAUACUUGCCCCUUGUGUCUUCUCAUUUCAGGGACCACCUGGCAGUAUGGGUCCUCCUGGACAAAUUGGGCCAUCAACACCAGUAUGAGUUAUUAAACUGGCAUGAGGGUUAAAUGUAUUUAUGACUGAUUAUUCAAAGGAAACUCCAAAGCAGAUAUAUAUCCUACAUCUUACAGGAUAGUGUUUCAUUUAAUAAAUUUUAAUAUGAUAUUAAAGUCCUCUGCAGCAUGCUACUUAUGAAACAUUUCAGUCUUGUGACAGAAACACAUCCAAUUAAUUUGGUUAUACUUCACUAAAAUAGGAAAAAGUAUUUUUAAAGUAUGAUUUAAUAUUUUUCAUGCACAUGUGAUUGAUAGUCAUAAUGGCUGCUGUACAUAAUGAGUAGUACUAAAUACAUGUCCUAAUCCCAAUUUAUUGUUAUAUUUGGAUUCAAUGGUCUCAAUUAUUACAUUUUUUUAAAUAUAUAAAUUCAGAUGAAAAUUCAUUUUUCUCAGGGUUUGCCAGGUGAGAGAGGUGUUGAGGGUAAGACUGGAUCUCCUGGACUGAAGGUAUGAUGUGUUAUGUAUGUACCAUGAUGUAGUUAGGUUGGUGGCUCUGUAAGUUAGUGCAGUAAGAGUACUCUACAGGAGUUCACUUUAUAGUUUUCAUGCUGUCUCUGCUUCUUGUUUUGUGUCGGUAAAACUCAGGGCAGUCACGGUGAGAAGGGGAAACUUGGUCCCCAGGGCAUCAGAGGAGACACGGUGGGUUGUGUGUUUCUUCCACUGGGCAUUAUUUAACUUAAUAGGCAUAUUUAAUGCCUAUCAAAUAUGCCUUGAUAGGCAUAUUUAAUGGUUGCAAAGGAUGUCAUUACUGUGACAGUGAUUCUGUGUAUAUUUCCUUAAUAUACAGGGAAUCCGGGGUGAAAUGGGUACAAAAGGAAAGCCCGGGGCGAAAGGGACAAUGGUGAGAUGUUUCCUCUCUCCAGAGCUGGGUUUACAAUAUUUUUAGAUUUGGAGUUCAUUCAUUUACUGUGGCUCAGUGGUCUGGCUUGUAUCCGCUGAAAAUCUUAAUUAUUCAUCAGUGUGAUUUUUCAUGAAGGCAUCAUUCAUAUGUGCGACUGCUUUUCAGGGGACAAAGGGACAGCUGGGCCCCACUGGCACUGCAGGUGGCAAAGGUCCUUCUGGACCUGCUGGACCUCCUGGUCUCCCAGGAAUUAAAGGGACUCGGGGACCAAAGGUAAGAGGGAGAAAUUGCUAAACUCAGAUAGAAACUUAAACCAGGGAAAAACAGAAGCUGAUGGUGAGCAUAAUUUCUCUAUAAAGGGGAAAGGUGCCCUACCUGGAAAUAAAGGAAACAAAGGAGCGAGGGGACCGGCUGUGAGUCCAAUAUACUCUUUGACUUCAGUUUCCAUUUACUUCAUAGUACUCAAUGCUUUUUUCCUAGGCUGCACUUUAUUGUCUCAUUAAAUGAAAUGUUUGCAGGGAGCAGAGGGCCAGCCGGGUAAACCUGGGCCUGCAGGAGGACGUGGAAAACCUGCAAGUGCCCCCUUUUGAAAUUGAAAUACAUAUGCACUGUAUAUUAACAGUGUUCUGCUGCCUAUGAUUUCAGUUCAUUACUUCAACUCACAUUAAAUCAAAUGUAAACCAAUAACCAAGCAUUGGUUGAAACACAAAUUGUUGAUAAUAAUAAUAAUAAUAAGUUUUGAUGUUUUACAGCAAGAACUGUCCUGAUGUAACAGUUUGUUGCCUUGCUGUCUUUUUCUCAGGGCCUCAGUGGUCAGGAUGGGUUACUGGGUGUCGAGGGUAAUGAAGGAGAUCCGGUAAGAAUUUGUUGCAUCAUUACAAGUAAGAAUGUUGUUCAGCAUUUUAACUAACCCCCCCCACCUCCACUGCUCAUCUCAAAGGGUAAUGCUGGUUUCAGAGGAGCUCCUGGAACACCUGGAACACCUGGAAAAACAGUAAGCUUCAAAAUAGGCAUGUAAAAUAGGACACCCUUUGAAUGUGGGUAUUUUACAUCUUUUGAAAACUGCAUUUUUCCAUAAUGAUGUAUUCUUUAAGGGUAAACCUGGUACUCCUGGGAUCAGAGGAAACACUGGAUCACCAGGCUUUAAGGUAUAGGAUUAUUUUUUUUAAUUCACUGAAAUGUGCGCUCUUUUUUUGCAGUAUCUAAUUAUCCAAUAAUAUUUGUGUAUUUCACUGUGUCAUUUUGCACCAUACUUACUCUCAGGGUAAAGCUGGUCCAAAAGGGAAACAAGGGCCACCUGGACCAGUGGGGCCUAGGGUAUGUAAGUUUUGUUCAUCAGCUUGAUAACAAGAUUGAUAUAAUACUUCAAAUCAAUUUUUCUUUUAAGUGUCUGCGUCUUUGUCAAUACAGGGUAUUCCAGGACUUAGAAGAGAGAAAGGCGAGUCUGGAACAACUGGCCUAAAGGUAAAAGUCAGACUCAAAAUUCAGGACAUUAACACACCUAACACUCAUGGCUUCUCACAGCAAAGAUACCAUGUCUUAAAAUGUUGUAUAUAUCUUUUAAUGUUUCUUUGUCUUUUAUUUCAAGUAUAUACCAAAUUUCAUAUACUGUCAUAUUUCUGCGUUCAUAAUCUGCAGCUGUUGACUAAACAAGAGAGGUUUAUUCUAAAAUCUGUACCUUGAAAACAGUUAUCUCCAAAGGCAAAAUAUUCAAAUGUGUUGGGUUCAAAAGUGCAGAAAUCAACAGAGUCUAAGAAUUAUGCAUGGUUGGUGGAGGAAAAGUUGUAAGCUGUUCUAAUCUUCCCUUACAGGGUCUUUCGGGUGACUCAGGAAUACGAGGACGAAUUGGGCCACCAGGGCUAAAGGUCAGCUAAUGCUAAUUGAAACGUACAAUCAUUAAAGUUGGAAAAAUAUAGGAUCAUUGUCAUUCAUUUUCCAGGUUUCUAACUUUUUUUCAGGGGAAUCCUGGUUUGCAGGGGCUGAAAGGUCAAAGAGGUCCUAAAGGGAAGCAGGUAAUGUCUGUUUAAAUGUUGGUUUGACUUUGUUUUGAAGAGACAGCAAAUCGUUAAUCAACUGAUUAAAUUUCACAGGGGGAUACUGGUCCUCGUGGUCCUCGUGGUCCAUAUGGGCCAAAAGGCGUCCUUGGACUCCCAGUAUGUUGCCUUGUAAUUCCAUACAAAAAAUAGUUAACUGAUCCUUUUCACUUGAUUUAUCUCUUUUCUAUUCUUUACUUCAGGGCCAGGCUGGAAAAAAGGUGAGCAACUGUUUCUUAUUUCACUUACGGCUCAUGCAGGCCUGUGGGUCUUCAUGGUAAUCUAGUCACAGAUUAAGACAAUUUUAUUCAGCGUGACUCUAUCAAAACAAUUGUUUUGGUCAUUUAAAAAGCAGGUUAUCAAACCGCUGAUGGUAAGGAGUAUCUUCUCUCAAGUUGUCUCUGCUAUUACCUUGAUUGCAAAAAUGUGAGAUAAGUCUUUAUGUAGAGUUGUCUCAAGUUGAAAGCUGAUUAUAUUUGGGUCUUUACAGGGGAUGAAAGGUGUUCAAGGCGGGAGAGGACCUAAAGGGACAAAAGGAGAGCGGGGACUUCCAGUAAGAAUUUGCAAAUUGGCUGAAUCAUACUUUAGAGUUUGGAUGUAUAUAAAAUCAAUAGCAGAGAGGUUAUAACAUACACUUUACACAGAGUCACUUGUUUUACAGGGAAAGCCUGGUGCACCAGGCAGGCACAGAAAGCUGAAGUCAAAACCACUGCCAAAACCAGCUCAAGGAAAUAAGUUAAGACCUAAAACAGGACCAAGUUCAAGAUCUGGUCUGAAAAAUGUGCUGAGAACCAAACCAACACUCAACCCCCAGAGGCAGAGCAAAGGAAAACAGAGAGUAUGUACAGUUUACUCAGUUACAUCAUGUUUACAAGUUGCACUGUUCUUGUGUCAUGCUACACAUCCUCGAAGCUGUGUCAUGUGUGACUGACUUAUUAGCUCACAGGCUGCAUGUGAUUCCUUUAUAGCGACCCAAGAGAUGGUCUGAAGGAGACGACUCUGAGGAUUUCUACAGCUGGCCUUGGGGUACCAAAGACAACCCUGCCACUACCUGCUAUGAGCUGGGACUCAUACGCCCGCAUCUGACUGAUGGUUAGGGUCUUUAUAUGCUUUCAUCCAUAGGAUGAUUUCAAUGUGCUUGGGAGAUUACAUACUUUUUUCUCCAAAUUAAGUCUGUGUUACCCAUUUUAGGCUUCUUUUACAUGGAUCCCAACCAAGGCUGUCCCUACGAUGCUGUGAGGGUUUUCUGUAAUUUCACAGCAGGAGGAACGACCUGCAUUGACCCUUUGCAGUCACAGGUACACAUUUUUAGUGUGAGGUAUCAUGUCAGUCUCUCCUUUGCAACUAAAAAACAGCACAAGAUGAUCCCAUAUAUUCGUCAUAUGAAAUACUUUUGGCCUAUAACAGUGGUGGUCAAGCGAGACUGCCCACUUAAGACUAUUUUGAAUAUCACAGAGAAACAGUGUUUGCAAUGUGAUAGGUUUUUCAUGAAAUCAAGAAUAGGGAAUAGCUUACAUAAAGUCUUCUUCGACCCAAGGCAAUGUGGACCUAGAUCAGACUGUACAACUGAAAUUCUGAGAAAGCAUUUUGGCCAGACAAAAAGCACUUCUGGGUGCUGACGAGAAUAACGACUUCCCUGUUUUUUCAGUCUGCUUCACAAGUCCUGAAUACUGAAGUAUUCAAAGUGAAAGCAAACUAAACAGGUUGGCACAACACUGUUUUGCACAACUGAGGCUUUCUAUCGGUACCCAGAUGGGAAGUUUUGGGCACAUUUUAGGUUGUUUAUUUGUUGAGCUUUGCAAGCUUUGCAUGAUUUUAUAUUGUAACUAUCAAGGACACUUACACAGAAGAUAUAUUAAAAGUCAAAUUAUAAUUGAGGCUGAGUUGGUGAAUUAAUUAUCAGCACAGCUCAAAGUGACAGGAAUAAGGCUGCCUGCGUCAUAGCCAAGCUGGUAUGAGAACAACAUUUACAUCUCAUGUGCCAUUACUGAAAUUUCCCCUGGGAGGGAGAAGUGUUCCUUUCCAUAGUUUUUAUUUAUGUAUGUUGUGUUGAUUUGUCUAUGUUGAUGAAAAAAGUAAUAUUUCAUCUUGCAGAUAAAAUUCCUCUUGGAACCAGAGAGAAAAUCAUCAGAAUUACCCGUUCAAUGGUUUAGUCAGCAUCAUGGCAGAGACAAGGUAUGAGUGUCAUAUAUUUGAUUUUUUUUACUGCUAAUCAUUGAGCACAAUAUUUGAAAUCAGCAGGCCAUUUCUCUGAGUUUUAUGAAAGGAUUUCUGUCUCUGACAGCUUGAGUAUGCUGGUCUGGAUGUUGUUCAGCUGCGGUUUCUGCGGUUACACAGCCAUAAAUCUUUCCAGCGCAUGACAAUCAGCUGUACAGGAAACUCCGGUUUGGCUGGCACAUCUAAUCCAUCCAAUAGAAGUAUUCACCUUCUAGCAGACUCUGGUAAAGAAAUCUCAUCUCACCUUAUCACUGUGUCCAGCAAAGGCUGUGAGGUAAGAUGACAUGAUAAUACUGUUGUUAAAAAAAACAAAAACAGUUUUGGUCAGCUUACCCCCUUCUCUUACUGUACAAAUAAACAUGUGACAUAAAUGUGUUUAAAAAUGACACAGAUUGUCAGGCACAUGGCAGGUUGUCAUGGUGUUGUAUUUUCAGUUCAAAUUCAUCCCUGUUAUGUUUAAUAAAAGAAAAGAAUAGACUUAAAGCUGAAAUAAAUCAGUUAUAUAGCAGAAGUAUGAAUAUAUCAAACACGAUCUGAGCAUUUCAUCUUCAAACAGUGAUGCUGAAUGUCUUUAUUCAAUCCCUGAUGUAAUAUAGACAAAUUUUGCUUUAUCAUUGUAAUUUUGCAAUGUUAUUUGUUAUGAAGGCUAAAGAUUUUUUUUCUCAUCAUUUUAUAACAAGCUGCCAUGUUCAAAGUGUUAAGUCACUGAAUUAUGUAACAAAGACCAAAUGUCCCCUUCAUAUCUCUUCUGUCUGUUGUGCAGAGCGAGCUGGUUGUGAUGGUCUGGGGAAGCACAGAGCUGCAUCGAGGUGAUAUGGAGUUACUCCCUAUCAGAGAUCUGGGUUUAGACAUGACAUCACUAUCCCUGCUUAUCCCUGAGGUCACUGUGUCUUUGGGACCCCUCUGCUUCUUGUGACCCUUGAAGGAUGUGUGUGUGUUUUGGGUGUGUGUGUCUGUGUGUAAGUGACCUCUGUAAAUAUCUGUUUCUUAUAAAGUGGACAUAUGAUAAGUUUGGGUUGUUGC